GCAGCUCGUCGUUGUGCAUUAGACCGCCGGUGUUUGUCAUCCGAAGAACACACGCCAGGACAAAAACAUCAAACAUCACAAUGGCAAAGAACCUUAGUGCGCUGAUGAUGCUGGCUGCUGUACUGACAGUUGAAAUUCCGUCCUUCGUUUUGGGCCAGAUUGUCAUUCCCGGUGAUUGUCCCAAAUACCCAACGCAGCCCAGCUUUAAUCCAGCUCAGUUUAUUACUACUCGGUGGUACGAGAUCAGCCGGUAUCCGUCAACUUUCGAGGACGACACCAGGUGCUCGCUGAUUGACAUCAGACCGUCCAAACAGGGAGCUCUCAAGAUGAGUUUCAAAGGAAUUAGCAAUAUAGACAACGCUGUUACGAUUGCAGCGGGCAAUGCUUACUUUGACUACGGAGAAUUGAGCAAAUUUCUAGUUCAGAUGCCUAUCGUCAGUUGGAACGCAACCGUGGACAUUCGAUUCUGGAUUAUCGCUACUGACUACACUAAUUAUGCUCUAGCCUGGAGUUGCGAUCCCCUUUGCACUGGAUAUCGGCGAGAGCAAUUGUGGCUUUUGGGUAAGCAGAAAACGCUAUCAGACACCGUCAUGAAUACAGUCACCUCCAGGUUCUUUACCAACGGGCCUUUUAAGGCGGGCAAUCUGGUUCCGGUUGUUCAGAAAGACUGUCCAUCCAUUGUAUAGAGUGAAGCAAAACGCGUCAAAAUUUACUGAAUGAGCAAUUGACGAUCAAAGAAAAGAAUAUUGCUGCUCGUCACGACAUUCAAAACAAUUCACAAUCAUUCACUUUUGUAACGAGUAAUGACUUUUGACUUUAUUCGAUCACUUUUAACAUUCUUUUAUUACUUUGUGGUUGUGGAGGGUGACAUUUCAUAAUUAAGCGUGUAAGGUGUUCUUUUCUCCUUUGUAGACGGUAUACGAUGCAACAAAUACAGGAUUUUUAUAACGGUAA